UUCUAACAAUAAGCUCAGUUGCCACUGUUACGUGGUAGACGCAACAUGCGUUCCAAUAAUUUCCUCGUUGUAUUCAUCCUGAUGGGAGCAGUCGGAGCUAUCCUGGUACUGACGCCAAAUGGUCACACCGCCAAAAUUAACAGAGCCAAAAGCACACAUUUGAGUCCUAAUUCAGGAAAUAAACGAGGACGACACGGGGACAAUAAACAAAGCAACAGGCAAAUGAUUAUAAAAUGUUGCGCUGCCUCAUCGUGUACUAGAGAAACCAAAACAUCCAACAAAACAACUGACAGGAUCCAAACAAGGAGUUCCUCUUCGGCUCAAAAUAGUUCUAUUUCAUCUGUAAGCCCUGAUUCUGUGGUGGAGGUCCAAACGGAUCCAACAACCGACGCGGAAACUGUUUCGCCAAACAGCGGUGACGAAACCGGAAGCUCGCCGGCGGAGAUUUCCCUGCCGGAAGAAACAACGGCACAAGUUGUGAACAAUGUCGAGACCUCCACAGAAUCUUCCACUGCCAUUUUAAGUGGUUCUUCUUCGACUUCAACCUCCAGCAUCACGACUCCGGCCACGACCUCAACGACCACGCCCUCAACAACUACAUCAACAACAACUACGACGACGACUACAACAACCACAACCACAACUCCCGCCCCUACUCUAGAAGAACUCAUUUUGUCAAAAUGUGAUUCAACGUUUACAAAAGACCCCAAAAUGUUUGACACAGAUGGAACAUUAAAAGAUCCUGAAAAAUACGGAUUUUGGGUUCAAUCCUGCGGCCAAUUAUACGUUUUCGGAAAAUCUUUGAUCACGUGGAGGGAUAACUUCAUGAAAUGCAUCAAAAUCGGAAUGAAGCCCAUAGAAAUUGAAGACGACAAAAAGUUACAAUGCUUCAAAAAUUUAGCUACAACUUGGAAGUACGGUUCAAACUACUGGACUUCCGGUCUGCGCGCAAGCACCUCUGGUUUUUCGUGGUGUUAUCAGAACGGCUCGACGCAGCUCGUGACCCAAAACCAAAUCUGGGCGCCGAAUCAACCGGACAAUGUGAACAAGUCGGAGAAUUGCAUGCACUUGAACAUCACGCGUGAAAACAGCACCGUCGUCACAAGCGACAAAAAGUGCACCAAUAUUUACGUUUUCGCUUGCCAGGGAUCCACAACUCCGGCCCCGGCGUGUUCAUCGCCCGUGUGCCAAAACGUCACGUGCGAGAAAAACAAUGCGUUUUUCAAUAAUGUGACUAAAAAUAACAAAGUCAGUCAAUACCUUGCAAAUCCAGCAAAACAUGGAAAAUGGCAUUCGAAAAGCGGAAGAUUUUACGUCUUCAGUUACGCCAAUCAAACUCAAACUUACCUUGGAGCCAUGCAAGCAUGCUGUGAAUUUGGAAUGUCACUUUUGAGUCUGCAGUUUGACUACAAAUACAAAGGAAUCAUUUCUGGAAUAAAAGAAAAUAUGGCCGAGCCUGGUUAUUACUGGACUUCGGGGACGGACAUCGGUUGCGAGUCCAAUUACGGAUACUGCACCGCGAAGCGUAUUGUCAGGGAAGAGGCGGUUUGGGAACCUGGACAGCCGGACAACGCGAACGGCCAAGAAAACCAUUUGGCCGUUUACAUCAAUGGAAGUGUGGCCAUGCUCGCUGAUUUCAACGAAGCGACAAAAAUGAGAUACAUUUGCGAAGGUCGCGAUAAUUCAAAAGCUGAGUCUGGAGGUAAAGGCGUGCGAGACGAGUGUGCAGCAAUUUACAAUAUAAGCUCAGCCGAAAUCGAUAUGAUUAUGAACAGGACCGACUACGACCUAAGGACAAAGUGUUUCUUGAAAUGUGUUGGAGAAAACAGUGGAUUGAUGAUUAACGGAAAGUUCAUCGAGAAUGAGGUGUUGUCGAUUUUGGAGAAAUUAGCCAAAGGAAACUUGGACGAUUUGAAGAAAAAUCUACUAGUCGUUGACGACUGCGGAAACGGAACUGACGGAAUGGACGAAUGUGACAAGGCAUCGCAAAUGAUCAAGUGCACCAAAGAAAAAGCGCCGGACGUUUUGAUGGGAGUGGUUUCGGCGAUGGAGCAGUCGAUUUCAGCAGAGGAAGCUUCUCAAGGCUCAGUCGCUGCUUUGCCUCCAGCAGAACCGAAAUGCAAUGAACCAUUUGAAUGCAUCGUUGACCCGAAUUACCAAGCCCUAUAUAACAGUGCCACUGCGCCGAUCGCUGCAAAUGAAGGCUUUGUGGAGGUGGCUUGUGGGAAAAAAUACGUUUUUUACUCUGGAGCGUAUAACUUCACGGAGGCUAGCAAGUUCUGUUGCAAAUAUGGACUCAGACUCGCGACCGUUGACUCUGAUGCAGAAUGGAGUUGCCUGAACACCGAAGGAGUUCAAAUACACAAAUUUUGUACUAUUUGGGUCGCAGCCACGAGAGAAGGUGGCACUCCACGCUGGUGCUACUCGUCCACAACAAUCCCCCAUGGUGGAUUCACUUUGGGGCCGGAAGUUAACUCGUUUAAUUCGUUGCUCUUGGAUUUUCCAUCCAAAACUAUGAGGCCGUUUGGUCCGGAUUCUCAACAACAUGUUUUGUGCGAGGCAAUUUAAUUUGAGCUAAA